AUGCAUGAUACAGGAAGGUAUCUAGUUAGAGCAAUAAAUUGGGAAUAUUCCAUCGGUCCGGUCGCAAAGCUGUGCCCAGACAGUUGGGAAUAUCUAAGUUUAAAGCGACAUCCGCAUGCCAGGUCUUGUGGGCUUGUCAGCUUGCCAAAAAGAGGGCUCAUUGACGGCGUCUACUGCCGAGCCACUCGAGAAGGCACUCUAAAUGUUCCAUUCUAUCAACUAUGGGGCCCCAGGCGAGUGAUCACAGCCUCUGGCUUGCUUCUGCUGACGAAAGCUGAAUGCCAGUUGUACAUAACAGCCCAUGCUGUCUAG